UCAAAAAACGCCUCUCAAAAAAUACUGGCAACUCUAGAAAAAAAAAGUUACCAAAUUCUUUUGCACUAUCCUGUCAUUUCGAGUAGUCGAGGCGGGUUUAAAUCCUAGCCAUGGUGCGUAUGAACGUAUUGAGUGAUGCGCUGAAGUCCAUUCAUAAUGCCGAAAAGCGCGGCAAAAGGCAAGUGCUUAUCAGGCCUUGCUCCAAAGUUAUCGUCAAGUUCUUGACUGUGAUGAUGAAGCACGGUUACAUCGGCGAGUUCGAAAUCGUUGAUGAUCACAGAGCCGGCAAGAUUGUCGUUAACCUAACUGGAAGAUUGAACAAGUGUGGAGUCAUUUCACCCCGCUUCGAUGUACCGAUCAAUGACAUAGAGAGAUGGACUAACCUCCUGCCAUCCCGGCAGUUCGGAUACCUUGUUCUCACAACGAGCGGUGGCAUCAUGGAUCAUGAGGAGGCCAGAAGGAAACAUCUUGGAGGGAAGAUCCUUGGCUUCUUUUUCUAAGUUAUCAUUAUAGAGAAGAAAAUGUA